GGCUUAAAAAAUAACCAGUCUUUUUGGCCGCGCUCUCUCUACGUUUCACAAGCUCACCUCGCCUACAAGGGGAGAAGGAAUUUUUUUUAGCUCUAGCGAUUUCUCUUGUAAGGUUUCGGUGGCGUUGGGUUCAAGCUAGGAAUUGUUUUGGUAGCUAGCUAGCGAUCGAUUGUUCUUGGGGAAGAAGAGAGAUGGGGAGAUCCAUGGAUCCGCUGGUGCUAGGGCGAGUGAUCGGCGACGUGCUGGAUAUGUUCGUUCCGGCCGUGGAUAUGAGCGUUUGCUAUGGUAGCAAACAAGUCAACAAUGGCUGCGAGCUCAAGCCUUCAGCCACUCAAGCUCGCCCCAUUGUCCAAGUUGGAUCUCCUCACGAGGAAGGCGCGCUCUACACUCUCGUGAUGGUCGACCCGGAUGCUCCGAGUCCCAGCGAGCCAUCAAUGCGAGAAUGGGUGCACUGGAUCGUCGCGGACAUCCCCGGUGGAGCCGACGCUAGCCAAGGGAGAGAGAUCCUCCAGUACAUCGGCCCCAAGCCCCCGACUGGAAUCCAUAGGUACAUCUUCGUGGUCUUCCGGCAAAUGGGACCAGUUCUCAUGCUUCCACCGCUCAUGAGGAACAACUUCAGCACUCGUUGGUUCGCGCAGGAGUACUUCCUGGGACUUCCAGUCGGCGCAGUCUACUACAAUGCGCAGAAGGAGCCAGCCAGCCGGAGGAGAACCUGAUCUUGGCCCGAGCUUUCUUUCUCUAGUCGGCAUCUCUCGAGAAACAGCAGCGAGGGAGGAGAGCUCGUCGAAAAAAACCGCUGCUUUCAUCACCAACUUGUUCACUGCACUGAUACCACUGCGGAAAGAUCGUCCUCUUCACAGAACUGCUGAUUUCCUUCUCUCCUCCUUUUCCUUUUUCUCCUGUUCCCAGAUCUUUUGCAGUGGUAUGGCCUCCCCACCCCGGAAGCAGCUCGAGAAUAAAUCCUGAGCAGAAUCGCUGGAAAAAAAAUGAGUGUGAGACGACCCGAGAAAAGAGAGACAAUAUCAAAUCUUCCGUAGAGUUCCCAGAGGAGGACGAUGGUCCAUGGAAGAAUAUUAUAAUUGUUAAGAUGGAUGGAGAGAGAGAUGGACCUGCCUGUAAAGUAAUGAUAAAUAGGUGUCAAAAGCUUUCACGGAUCUUGUUAGACGUUAUCAAA